AUGUCGAGGAAUAAUUUACGAUCCGGAAAGCCGGAUAUCGGUGAUACCGAUAAAAGAACCAGAAGCCCAUUCAACAGAAACAGCAUCUAUUGCAGCAGCGGGGACAAUAGCAGGAAUAGCAGCUUUAGCAGCAUACUGAGUGGGUAUCGCAGCAAAACAACCAGUGACAAGAACUUGAAAGAUCGCAACGUAGAGUCAUCAGACAUAUGGAGCAUGAAUUCAAACUUGAUGACAUCGGCACGUAAGCCGGAUCAUCAGAGGUCCGAAUUCCAGCCGAGAGCGACACCACACGCUGCGGAAUUAUCACGGAAUUCAUCCCAAGUGUCGCUGAGUAGUAUAAAUUCCAAUAUUCGAAGUCCCAACCCAUACAGGCAGAAAGGAUUGCUAUCAGAAAGACCGUUUAGAUCUUUGGCAAAAAGGAUAGGGUUAUACCUUCGGGGUAAGGAUCAAAGUGGCCGGGGAAGUGCGCAUUCACACUCUAGUCUUUUCCGCACCCAUAGUGGCACAAACAGCACAUCUUCAUCGUCAUUAUCCAAUUCAGUGAAGGAGACGCAUUAUGUGCAUGUUGAGUACGAUCCCAUGACAAGAAGACGGGUCCUCAACACUUAUGAGAUAAUCAGGGACUUGGGAAAGGGCCAGCACGGUAAAGUGAAGCUGGCACGUGACUUGGCGACCUCACAAUUGGUGGCAAUCAAGAUUGUGAAUAAAACGAGUCGGCCAAACGGGAUGCGGCGGCUUCCUGGGGCAAACGGGGCUCAAAAUGGCGAGACAAACGAGCUUGCCAGGUACCUUCUGCCGAAGAUUGCCUCGCAGGAGGAUGAGGUGCGAAGAGAGAUUGCAAUCAUGAAAAAAUGCUCCAACAAGCAUAUCGUCAAGCUUAUCGAGGUUUUAGACGCAGAAGGCUCCAGAAAAAUAUACAUGGUUCUGGAAUACAUGGAGAAGGGCGAGAUCUGCUGGCAGAGGAAGGAUAGCACUACUGAUGGCAAGCCGGAGCCGUUGUUGGAUCUGAAUCACGUGAAACGUGUUUUUAGGGAUGUUGUCUUUGGCCUCGAGUACUUGCACCACCAGGGAAUCGUCCACAGAGAUAUAAAGCCGUCUAAUUUGCUUGUGGACAAGAACGGCGUCGUGAAGAUUUCCGAUUUCGGUAUUUCCUUUGCCGCACACUUGGGUGGAGAACUUGAAUUGGCUAAAACUGCAGGAACGCCUGCCUUUUUAGCCCCCGAACUUUGCAACACGGAUGGUAUAGAUGACGUGAAGGUGACGUACAAGAUCGACAUAUGGGCCUUGGGUGUCACCCUAUACUGCCUUCUUUUUGGAAACUUGCCUUUCCAUGGCGAAACGGAGUUCCAGCUGUUUGAGGCAAUUAACAAUGCUCCGUUGUUGUUUCCGGAGAUGACAGACUGGAAGGUAGCCAAACCUUUGCGGGGAAGGGACUUCACGUUGGCUAAAAAUAUGGUUUACCAACUUCUCAAACGUGAUCCGGUGAAAAGAUGGGAUAUUGACGAGAUAAAGGACCAUCCAUUUUUCCUAGAUGGACUGGAAGGGGAGCAGCUCAAGGAAUUUAAACAGAACUGGGACAGUGAAAUGCAAAUCGACGUUACGCCCCAGGAUGUUGAUAAUGCUGUCACAGGCAUAGGAACACGAAUCCGUCAUAAAAUUGCAUCUGUGUUGAACAGAUCACACAAGGGUUCCCAUCACUCCAGUGUGAUGAAAUCUCUCACCAAGAGUAGUAGAAUUAACAGCAACUCCAAUGCAAGACAGCUUUCUCCAUGCUCUACCAGAAGCCAGAGUUUCAUGUCUUCAACAGGCUCGUCCAAUGCCGAUUCAGGAAAUAAAUCAUACAUUCUAUCCGAGGCCCUUGCGCGGUCACAGAACUCGAUUUCGCAUCCUGGGCGCUCGAGUUUGGUUGUGAGUCAGGAUCUCUCCUCAUCCGAUUCAUCACUCUCGGAGCAUUCCUCAAUUAUUUCCACGGAAGCCCAUCCUAUUUACACAUCUGGUGGAGAUACAGGCAGAAACAAGCAAAGCUCGGCCUAUCCACCAGUAAGUACAGACCGUCAAAAUUCAAUGUCAUCUGCAUCUUCAUCGGUAACAUCUUCGUCUGCCUCAUCGUCGACUGGCUCAGACUCAGAGUCGGCAGAGUCUAAUGGAAUUGAGAUAUAUCCAAGGAAACGAGACAUGGAUGCGGCACAUGCUGAUUCAGGCAAAGUCCACCAACCAUUGAAUCGUAGAGGUUCGACCCACUCUGGAGUUGGCUUGAUUCCAGUCCGUUCUAUGACUUCCGCGAUUUCCAUUCCAGAUGCACUCAAGCCGUUUGACAUGGAGCCAGUCACUCCUUCCUUGACAAGCGAGUUUUACCAGACGAUGUAUGAGAAAAGUGACACUCCUGGCUCUAAUACUGACAGCUGUCUCACAGGAGGUGCAAUCAGCGAGCCUCUAUCUACAAUUAAUUCGCCUACUUCCGGCUUGUCACCUGGAACUAUGAGUCCAAAGACUAUCACGGCAAUUUCUCAAAGUUCAUCUUUUGGCAAAAGCACAAACACAUCCGGAACUAAUACUAAUGACAGUUUAGAGUUACAAACCGUCACAAAACAGCCAUCUUCCGAACAUGCAAUCGACAGGGCUGCAAUAUACGGCAAGAAGCUACCGUUGACUCUAAUUCCAUCGGGUAAUCAAUCGUGGACUACAUCUUCAGGCUCAUCGUCAUCAUCCAGUGACUCGGAAGAUGACGAGCUUUUUUUGACCGUUGAUCCUAAACGUUCGAGAUUGAAUACGGUGAGAAGAAACGUGAUCAAACACGAAUUGGAGGUGAGGUCAAAGGAAAAAUCAAACGACGCACCUCGAACUCCCGUGAAGCCCCAAUUAGGAAAUAAUAUAGCUACAGCAGAUGGCACACCUCGUUCUAUGGGUAGAGAUUCAUCGUCUUUAAGAACGUUGAAAUGA